GAGUAAAACGGAGACCAUUCUGCGCCACUCCGUUGCGCUGCAUCUGUGAUUUCCUCUGGGACAUCUCUUCACUAAACGCAUCCUAUUUUCAAAUGGUUAAAAGUCCCGUGAAAUUAGACCGCGAAAAAUUAAGUCACGCCCGCUCGGUUGUGCUCUUCGGCCAUGUGUCUGUGAAAUCGAGUGACAGUUGUUCAUGAUCCGGAGGAGUUUGCAAGUACUUUCGCCGAAGAAUUAGAGCCAUGGCUGGGUCUGCCGUUAGUUGGCUGGAUGAUGCGAUGCGGAGCGGACUUCGCGCGAUGUGACCGUGGCAGUGUAUGUGACCCGUCACCAUGUUCCUCGGUUCUGGCAUGGGGAUGUUCCGAAGUGGCGCGGCCAUCGUCUUCUUGAUCUUAGCCGUGGUAAAUGGGGUCGAUUGUGCGAGGAAUCCAAACAAGGGAUACGGGACCAACACGUCGCACGACCUGCAGCAGCACAUGCGGACGGGCCCGCCCGUCAUGGAGAAGGAAUCGAAAUUUUUGAAUAAAGGGAAAAUCUGCAUUGGGACCAAUGGGCGUAUGUCCGUGCCCUCGAAUCGUGACCACCAUUACAGGAACCUGAAAGACCGCUAUACCAACUGCACGUAUGUGGACGGCAACCUCGAACUGACUUGGCUCCAGGACGAAAACUUGGACCUCGGCUUCCUGCAGUACAUUCGGGAAGUGACCGGAUACGUUUUGAUUUCUCACGUCGACAUAAAAAGGAUCGUUCUUCCGCGUCUCCAGAUCAUCCGGGGUAGGACGUUGUUCAAAAUGAAUGUGCGAGAUGAGGAAUUCGCUCUAAUCGUAACGCUCUCAAAGAUGUACACUUUGGAAUUACCCGCGCUUCGUGAUGUACUUCGGGGCAGCAUCGGCCUCUUCAACAACUACAAUUUGUGUCACGUGAAAACGAUCAACUGGAAGGAAAUCAUCUCGGAUCCCGAGGGCACCGCCAUCUACGUGUACAAUUUCACUUCUCCUGAGCGCGAAUGCACUCCUUGUCAUAAAUUCUGCAAGGAAGGCUGUUGGGGCGAUGGCCCUGAAAAUUGCCAGGUGUUCUCCAAGGAGACCUGCAGCCCCCAGUGCUUCCAAGGUCGCUGUUUCGGCAGCAAACCUCGCGAGUGUUGCCAUCUGUUCUGCGCGGGAGGUUGCACCGGACCGAAGCAAAGUGAUUGUAUAGCUUGCCGUAAUUUCUACGAUGACGGUGUAUGCAAGCAAGAGUGUCCCCCUAUGCAAAUUUAUAACCCGACAACUUACUCGUGGGAGGUAAACCCAGAAGGAAAGUACGCGUACGGUGCGACGUGCGUGAAGAAAUGUCCCGAACAUUUGCUAAAAGAUAAUGGUGCUUGCGUAAGAUCGUGUCCCUCGAACAAGAGGGCUGUGGACGGUGAGUGCGUUCCAUGUGACGGACCCUGCCCGAAGACCUGUGUUGGUGUGGAAGUAAUUCAUGCCGGAAACAUCGAUAGCUUUAAGGGUUGCACAGUUCUAGAAGGGAACAUCGAGAUACUAGAAAACACUUUUAAAGGAUUUCAGUACGUCUACUCGAAUUUUUCAUUUGGAGAGCGGUAUCCCAAAAUGCAUCCAAGCAGGCUGGAAGUCUUCAGCACGCUUAAGGAGAUCACUGGUUUCCUCAACAUCCAGGCUUACAACAGCGAUUUCAAAAAUCUGUCGUUCUUCAGAAAUUUGGAAGUCAUCGGAGGGAGGGCUUUGUACGAGUACUCUACUUCUUUGUAUAUAGUCAAAACUUCUCUAGAAUCUCUUGAGAUGAGAUCUUUGAAAAAGAUCAAUAUGGGUACUGUUGCCAUUUUGGAAAAUAAACAUCUCUGUUUCGCCGAAUCGAUUAACUGGGACAAAAUUAGAAAGAGCCACGAGCACCAACUGAUGCUCUCCAAUAAUAGUGACACAGAAAAUUGUACGAAAAGAAAGCUUUUCUGCGAUGAGCAGUGUAGCAGAGACGGUUGUUGGGGACCUGGGGCAGACCAGUGUCUCUCGUGUGUCCAUUACAAGCUCGGCAACCAGUGCUUGCAGAAUUGCAGUGUAUUACCAGGGAUUUACCGUGCAGAAAAUAACCAGUGCAAGCCUUGCCACGAACAGUGCGGAUCAUCCUGCCACGGUCCCGGCCCCGACAAUUGCACCACGUGCAAAUACUUCAAAGACGGUCCGUUCUGCGUCUCUCAGUGCCCAACGAAUAAAUAUGAAGAGAACAGCAUAUGCACACAAUGUCAUACGGCCUGUGUGGACGGUUGCACGGGACCAAAGAACACUGUCGGACCAGGAGGGUGCAAUUCUUGCGAGCUGGCCAUCAUGAACGAGAAUGUCACUGUCGACGUUUGCUUACAUAAGAACGAAUCUUGUCCUGAUGGUUAUUACUUCGAAUACGUCGGACCCCACCAAGAAGAGUCGUUCUUAAAAUCGCUCUCGGGGAAGGCGAUAUGCAGAAAAUGUCAUCCAAGAUGUAAACGGUGCACCGGUUAUGGAUUCCAUGUGCUGAUCUGCCAAGAAUGUAUGAACUACAAGAAAGGAGAACAGUGCGAAGACGAGUGUUCCUCGGAUUCCUACCCAGACGGAAAUACGAAGGAAUGCAUAAAGUGCGACUUUGAAUGUCGCGAAUGUAGGGGUCCCGGUCCAGAGAACUGCAUUACAUGCCAAAACUACAAACUCUUCGGAAACGGCAGCAUGAACAACAACUCUUCCUUCCGAUGCGUCGCCAGUUGUCCAGAAGACUUCCCACAUAGAGUCUUUCCUGAGGAUGGGGACUCAUAUUGUUCAAACGUGCCUAGCAGUCUACUUUUAUCAGCACCUGAAACCACCCAUGAUCUUGCCAUUGUAAUAGUUAUAUUGACUGUCCUUACAAUAACAGUGAUACUAAUAGUGUGGGCUAUUUACUACUGCCGGAAAAAAGAGAAGCUGACUGAGAAUGCGAUGAAGAUGACUCGUGCUCUUACAGGGUUGGAAGACAAUGAACCUCUACGUCCCAGUAACGUUCUUCCGAAUAUCGCCAAACUAAGAAUUAUCAAAGAGACGGAAAUACGUAAAGGAAGUGUCUUAGGUUAUGGUGCGUUUGGUACGGUGUAUAAAGGCGUUUGGGUGCUGGAGGGGGAGAACUCCGCGAAAAUUCCUGUAGCAAUUAAAGUGUUGAGAGAAGACACAGGAGCCAACAACAGCAAAGAUUUCCUCGACGAGGCGUAUAUAAUGGCAACUGUUGAUCAUCCGAAUUUACUUCAACUCUUGGCUGUGUGCAUGACCUCCCAAAUAAUGCUUAUAACUCAACUAAUGCCCCUGGGCUGUCUACUGGAUUUCGUUAGAAACAAUCGUGAUAAAAUUGGAUCUAAAGCUGUACUGAACUGGUCUACUCAGAUAGCCAGGGGAAUGGCUUAUUUGGAGGAGAAAAGACUGGUACACCGAGACUUGGCAGCUAGAAACGUUUUAGUACAAACUCCGGCCUGUAUAAAAAUUACCGAUUUCGGUUUAGCAAAACUAUUAGAUAUAAACGAGGAAGAGUACAAAGCGGCAGGUGGUAAGAUGCCCAUCAAAUGGUUGGCCUUAGAAUGCAUCCAGCACAGAAUUUUUACACAUAAGUCAGAUGUUUGGGCAUUUGGUGUUACUGUGUGGGAAUUGUUGACUUUCGGUGGACGACCGUACGACAACGUUCCUGCCAGAGAUGUACCUGAAUUAUUAGAAAAAGGGGAACGUUUACCUCAACCGGCGAUUGCUAGCAUUGAAGUUUACAUGAUCAUGAUCAAGUGCUGGAUGUUGGAUGCUGAGAGCAGGCCUUGUUUCAAGGAACUGGAAGAUGACUUUUCCAAGAUGGCACGAGAUCCCGGCAGAUAUUUGGCUAUACCUGGUGACAAAUUUAUGAGGCUUACGAAUUUCUCCGUACCACAGAAUGACAGAGACAUAGUAAAGAGUCUUGCUUCUGCCAUGGAAUCUUCCGAAGGAACGUCAGAAGGGGACGAAUAUUUGAAGCCCAAGUCAAGAACUCCACUGAACGCCACAGGUUUGUCAGUCUCAUCUAUGACUCCUUCGCCUACACCAGACACGUAUUGGCCUUCAGCACCAGCUACAGUAUCAGACGGAAGUACAUCUCAGUAUCAGAAUCACUUGAAUCAGAAACUCCUAAGAUACGCUCAAUCUCAUGGUUUUGACCCAAGCCAAUCCGACGGCUCCAGUAUGAGGUACUGCGGCGAUUCCAUUAAGUUAAGGGACGAUAUUGGAUCAGAUGAAUACGACUCCGGUAGAUCUCAAGCCCAAGUUGGAACGCUGAAACUGGAGCUUCCCCUCGACGAGGAUGAUUAUCUGAUGCCUUCUCCGCAACAAGUUCAAGGAAAUUCCACUUACGUAGACUUAAUAGACUCAAAGAAUUCCGGGAGCAACGGGAACAUAUUUAGGUCUUAUUCCGAUUUUUAUAAAAAUAAUAUUGACAAUCCAGAGUACCUCAUGAACAACGAUGCACCAAGCCAAACAAUAGGUCUUCCAACUGUCUCAGAAUUUGUCCAUGCAUCGACUAAUAGACCUGAGAGUUCUGGUUUCAAACCGUCACAGCCUUAUUUGCCGCAAAGAAGUUCAGAAGAAGAAUCGGAUCAUGAAUAUUACAAUGACUUCGAUAGGUUGCAAAGAGAGCUGCAACCGUUAAAGAAAAAUAAAAACGGAGCGAUGGUCUAACAUCUCAAUCUCAUGGGACUGAUGACAGAAACAGAACGUACAAAAACAUUUCAAAUGGCCUGUUGUACUUUUUUGUGGAGGCAGGGCUGUGUGUAAAUCAUACUGCUACUUAAUUAGGGUUUAGGUCGACUCGAGUUGUACUGUCAAAAUGAUGACAAUAAUGGUGUGCCAUGGCAUGCAUGGCAUGUUUGUACAUAAUUUUCCAUAAAAAUUGUUAUUUGUAUAUAAUUGUAAUUUUAGUUAUUUAACAAUUUUGGGUAAGUUAUGGAAGGGAAGAGUGAUGCCAAUCCUAGAUAUUCUUGCCCAAACUAUCUAUCUGUGAUAAAGUUAAUAUAGCUUACCUAUUGUAAAAUGAAUCAUUUAUCAUUAUAAAAAUUGUUUUAAGCACAAGUUAAAUUGUUUUAGAUUUUAUUUGUAAAUGGUAGAUUUUAAUCUCAAAGGAAAUCUCAUUUGUACGUAAUUUUAUUUAUGUAGAGGUAGUUACAAAUCUUUUUUGAAAAUGAUUCAUACAUUCUGUUACAAGCACUAAGUCUGUGCCAUUUUUGUAUAUGAGAAAGUGCCUUUAUUUGUAAUUUUAUCAACAACUUUCAUAUUAGUACAUUUAUAAAGAUUUUUAAUAAAACUUAUAUUUAAUA